ACGGAGUCCGUGCAGGGCGGAGAAACAACAACGACGCUUUAGUGCAGUUUUUUUUCGGGCUGUGAGCGAAUUUAUUAGGCCGUUUUUAGACACUUGAAGCAACGACUGACCACACGGAGAUGGACAGCAACGUGGUGCAGAUUUUUAAAGAGGACAAAUGUCCAUCUGCCCAGGUCGAGGACUGUGCUCCAAACUUACCCUGGCAGUCCGGCCUCCCGGACAUGUACAACUACUCGGUGAAUGAGAGCUGGUCUGAGGAAGCGGAGCCGCUGUCCCCCAUCAUCCCCGUGAUAACGGCCGUGUACUCGGUGGUGUUCGUGGUGAGUCUGGUGGGAAACUGCUUGGUGAUGUAUGUCAUUAUCAGAUACACUAAGAUGAAAACCGCCACCAAUAUAUACAUCUUCAACCUGGCUGUUGCGGACGCCCUGGUGACCACCACCAUCCCCUUUCAGAGCGCGGACUACCUGCUGAACUCCUGGCCCUUUGGAGAGGUGGUCUGCAAAGUCUUUAUCUCCAUCGACUACUACAACAUGUUCACCAGCAUCUUCACCCUCACCAUGAUGAGUGUCGACCGCUAUGUGGCAGUCUGUCACCCAGUCAAGGCCCUGGAUUUCCGCACACCUGUAAAAGCUAAGAUCAUCAACAUCCUCAUCUGGGUUCUGUCUUCUGCUGCUGGAAUCCCUGCCAUGGUCCUCGGAAGCACUCAGACCAACAAUGGCACCACUGAAUGUGCGCUUCAGUUCCCUGACCCCUACAUGUACUGGGACACGCUGAUGAAGAUCUGUGUCUUUAUCUUCGCAUUCGUAGCACCUCUUAUUAUCAUCACUGUAUGCUACACGCAGAUGGUAAUGCGGCUGAAGAGUGUACGGCUGCUCUCAGGCUCACGUGAGAAGGACCGCAACCUGCGGCGUAUCACACGCCUGGUGCUGGUGGUGGUGGCUGUUUUUGUGAUCUGCUGGACGCCCAUCCACAUCUUCAUCCUGGUCAAGGCUCUGGCGCCUGGAGUCCCUGAGACCACGGCGGUGAUGGGCGCCUACUUCUUCUGCGUGGCGCUGGGCUACACAAACAGCAGUCUCAACCCCAUCCUCUACGCCUUCCUGGAUGAGAAUUUCAAGCGCUGUUUCCGGGACUUCUGCUGCCCAGGCCGUGGCCAGGCAGACGGCCAGGGGAUGCUGCGGGUCAGGAGCACCAUCCGCGAGCACGCAUGUCCGGUGGAGGGCAGAGGGGAUGGUGGCCACGGCAGGCCUGUAUGA